ACUUCCGGGAGCCUGGCUGCUCGCUUGGCUUUGCAGAGCAGCAGGCGCUGGUGUUUUCGUGUGGGUGUGCUGUACUGCGAGUGCAGGGAGCUGUGAGGGGACCAUGGGCGAGCUGGGAGGCCACGACAUGGAUGCAGUGACCUAUAAUGAUGUGCAUGUUGACUUCACUCGGGAAGAGUGGGCUUUGCUGGAUCCUUCCCAGAAGAAUCUCUACAAAGAUAUGAUGCUGGAGACCUAUAUGAACCUCACUGCUAUAGGCUACAGAUGGGAAAACCAUAAUAUUGAAGAACGUUGUCAAAGUUCUCGAAGACAUGGAAGGCACGAAAGAAGUCAUACUGGAGAGAACCCUUGUGAAUAUACUCAAGGUGUGAAAGCCUUUGCAUAUCAGAGCCGUCUUCAAAGUCAUGAAAGAUUUCAUGCUGGAGAGAAAUCCUAUGAAGGUAUUCAAUAUGGUGAAGCGUUUGCAUGUCAUAGUAGUCUGCGAAUACAUAAAGGAGCAUGUACUGGAGAGAAGCCCUAUGAAUGUAAUCAGUGCAUUAAAGCUUUUGCAUUUCAUAGUCAUCUUCAAAUGCAUAAAAGAACACAUACUGGAGAGAAAACUUAUGAAUGUAUUCAAUGUGAUAAAGCUUUUACAUGUAAUAGUCAUAUUCAAAUGCAUAAAAGGACACAUACUGGGGAGAAAUCCUAUGAAUGUAAUCAAUGUGGUAAAGCCUUGGCAUCUCAAGGUAGUCUCCAAAUACAUAAAAGAACACAUACUGGAGAGAAACCCUAUGAAUGUAAUCAAUGUGGUAAAGCUUUUGUAUGUCAAAGCAGUCUCCAAAGGCAUGAAAGAACACAUACUGGAGAGAAACCCUAUGAAUGUAAUCAAUGUGGUAAAGCCUUUGCAUCUCAAAGUAAUCUCCAAAUACAUAAAAGAACACAUACUGGAGAGAAACCCUAUGAAUGUAAUCAAUGUGGCAAGGCUUUUGCACAUCAGAGUCAUUAUCGAAGUCAUGAAAGAAUACAUACUGGAGAGAAACCCUAUGAAUGUAAUCAAUGUGGUAAAGCUUUUGUAUGUCAAAGCAGUCUCCGAAUACAUAAAAGAACACAUACUGGAGAGAAACCCUAUGAAUGUAAUCAAUGUGGCAAGGCUUUUGCACAUCAGAGUCAUUAUCGAAGUCAUGAAAGAAUACAUACUGGAGAGAAAUCCUAUGAAUGUAAUCAAUGUGGUAAAGCCUUUGCAGUCAGUAGUUAUCUUCAAGUGCAUGAAAGAACACAUACUGGAGAGAAACCCUAUGAGUGUAAUCAAUGUGGUAAAGCCUUUGCACGCCAAUGUAGUCUCCAAAUACAUAAAAGAACACAUACUGGAGAGAAACCCUAUGAAUGUAAUCAAUGUGGUAAAGCCUUUGCACGCCAAUGUAAUCUCCAAAUACAUAAAAGAACACAUACUGGAGAGAAACCCUAUGAAUGUAAUCAAUGUGGCAAGGCUUUUGCACAUCAGAGUCAUUAUCGAAGUCAUGAAAGAAUACAUACUGGAGAGAAACCCUAUGAAUGUAAUCAAUGUGGUAAAGCCUUUGCACAUCAGUGUCAUUAUCGAAGGCAUGAAAGAACACAUACUGGAGAGAAACCCUAUGAAUGUAAUCAAUGUGGUAAAGCCUUUGCACGCCAAUGUAGUCUCCAAAUACAUAAAAGAACACAUACUGGAGAGAAACCCUACGAAUGUAAUCAAUGUGGCAAGGCAUUUGCAUGUCAAAGUAGUCUCCAAAUACAUAAAAGAACCCAUACUAGAGAGAAACCCUAUGAAUGUAAUCACUGUGGUAAAGCCUUUUCACAACUCAGUAGUCUUAAAAAACAUAAAAGAACACAUACUGGAGAGAAACCCUACAUAUGUAAUCAUUGUGAUAUACCCUUUGUGUCAGAAACCUUCAAAAAUAUAAAAAAAAUCAUACUGUGGUGAAGCAAUCUAAAUGUAGUCACUGUAGCGAUGUUUUGCAAGUCCUGGUAGUCUUUGUACAAGAGCAAAACAUUUUGUGUGUAAUAGGUUUAUUAAAGCUUCUGAAUAUGACAUUAGACUUUGAGUAUCUGAAAAAACUCAUACCAAAGGGAAUCUGAAAUAAAUGAUUUGGUGAGAUCUUUAGCCAACAUGCUUACAUUCAGUUAGACAAGAUUAUUUAUUCUGGAAUAAAUAAUGCCAACAGUGUUCAAGCAUUAUGAUGUCCCUCUCUAUUUUGUUUACACCUGCAACUCACAUGGACAAAAGGCCUAAAUUUAAAUAACAUGGUAACCCUUUUGGAUCUCAUAGUUUUCUGCAAUUACAUGAGGUAAUGAAUCCAGGUGUAAAACUUCAUGGAUGCAUAUUAGUGCCUUUUCUGUUGCUGUAGUUAAACAUCACGUCUAAGUGAACCUACAAAGGGCUUUAAUUUGGCCCUUAGUUCCAAAGGGUUACAGGAUCACUGUGAAAGUGUCAUGGAAACAAGUGUCAGACAUGCAGCUAAAGUAGGAAAGUAAGAAUUUACAUCCUUAACCUGUAACAUGAAGCUGAAAAUAGUGAGCAGAUGUAAACUCUCAGGCCAACUUCCAGAGACAUAUUUCUUGCAGCAUGGCUGCAUUUCCUGAAUCUUUCCAAGUGACACCACAGUUUGAGAAUGAUUGAUUUCUAUGACUUCAAGUGUACAUGCUUGCUUUAUUUUACAUGAACCAAUUCAUGAUGGAGAAAAACUCUACAAGCCUUUAGAUGCCUCAACACCUGUGUUACAGGAAUUACAAGAGAAAAACAUUCACAAUUGAAAAUUGGUUUAAAGAUUUGUUUUAAGUUUAAUUAUGCCAUGUCAGUGUGUCUUUGUAUGGGUAUAUACUUUCUUGUUCCCAAGAAGUUUAGACCCUUGGGGCUUUUAGCAGGAUUACUGGAAGUUGUCAAAAACCUGACCCUGGUUCUGGGAAUGAACUUGUAUUAAGGGUUCAGCCAUGUCUCUAGCCCUAUAAAUAUUUUUAAGCUUUUUAUAUGAUCUAUGAUCGUGAUAUCAUUAAAUAGGGAGGAACUCAUACAAGAGUAAAACCCUAUUCAUGUAAACAGUCUGGUAAAAAAAUUAGACAUCACAAUUGUCUUCAGUUUCAAGAAAAAUGUGUUUCAUCUCUUUUUUGUUACAGCCUAGAAGUAAAUCAUUAACCAAGUUCAUUAAAGACUGAUGUUAUGAUCACAUUGUGUCUUCUAUUUUGCAACAUUUGAGGUAGAUAUUAAACUGUGCUAUAUGUGGCAAAUCCAUUUAGUGAAGUUUAUUUUGUGGUCCUAUUCCUUCUAUGGCUUUAAUCAUCUUCUAUUGUGCUUUCACUUAGUGAGAGAUAUUUUUCUGCUGCCAGGUAUAGAAUAGGAUAGCUAUCUUCUAAGUGGUCCAUUUUUAUUUAAAUACCAGGCAGUGUGUGAUCAUACUUUUCAAGUUAGGGUGUCUGUGAAAGAGUGGUGGGGUUUUCUUCCUGGUUUUAUUUUUCACAAGUUCCUUUGAAAUGUUGUUUGUUAUCUAGGCUGGCUUGGAUGUCAGUAAUUAGUCAGGGAUACAUAUGAAUUCAUGAUCUUCAUGUGUUAUUCUCCUAAGUAUAAGUCUAAGGGUAAAUGGUAUACAUCCAAUGUUUCCUGUUUUGUCAAAAUAUUUUAACAAUGCUAAUUUUAAAGUACUUAUUAGAGAAUAUAAAAAACAUUAAAUGCCUCAUACAUAUUCUAAGAAACAUUUUCAUCUAUCUGAAAGAGACAUAUUAAAGUAGGAUAAUCAGCAAUCAACUACAUAUUUUACAAUAGACCUUGAGGUGCUAUGGAUAUAUAUAUAAUUUGAGGUUCCAUGUAUCUACAUGUCUUCAUCAGUUAUCCAUUUGGCACAUCAUUUUGAAGUAUUGCCUUCUAAGUGGAUAUACAGAAAUGCCAGAUAAUGUAAUUGCAAUGAGAUUUUUUUUUCUGGUUUGUGUUUGUAAUGUGGCUAUGGGUUUUUAGGCCAUGACAAAUAUGUGGAGACCAGAAGAAAACUUUAUAGGGUCUAUUUUUGUCCAUUUUCAUAUGGUGAUUAAGAUGAGAUAACAGCCUUGCACAACACAGACAUUUCCAACAGAGUUUCUCACUGAUGCUCAAAUAAGAUUAGUUGAAACAUUAAAUCAGUAAAGUAUUUCCUUUUCAGAUUGUAAACAUGUUUUAAUUGAAAGGUGAUGGAAAAACAGGAGAAAUUAAAUAAUAAAUCCUAUUAGCAAAUGAAAA